AACCAUAUUUUCGUCAUUUUCGUUUAGUCAUGUCCAUGCAUCAGGAGGAAUACUAAUCAUUUUGGAAGCAUCCAGCAAAUUGUGGAAGCGUCUCUUGCUCCUCUUGCUGGCCUAUAAAUAUUUAAUAAUAGUAAGCUUUUUCAUCAUUCGUUUGAAUCUGAUCGUGUAACUACGGUGAGAACACCAGGAAGUGUUUUAAGUGAUACGUUGUGAAAAGAAAUAAAAUAAAAUGGAAUUUCCACAUAUGGGUAAACAUUGCUCGCAAAAUUAUUGCAACAAGCUCGAUUUUCUUCCAAUGAAAUGCGAUGCUUGUGGGGAGAUUUUCUGCUCGGAACAUUUUAGCUAUCAAACACAUUCCUGUCAUUCGUCUUACAAAAAGGACGUCCAAGUUCCGAUCUGUCCGCUGUGCAGUGAACCAGUGCCCACGGCGCGAGACGUUUCUCCGGAUGUCACCGUCGGUGCUCAUAUCGAUCAGUUUUGCAAAUCGGAGAAAAAGAAAAUCUACACCAAUCGCUGUUCGUUCAAAAACUGCAAGAAAAAGGAACUGGUACCGUUUUCCUGUGGAGUUUGCAAACAGAACUACUGCCUAAAGCAUCGCCAUACGGUCGAUCACGAAUGUCAGGGGGCUAGCAGAGGUGCCCCUCAAAGAAGUCUUGCUGCCCAGGCGGCGUUGCAACGUCAGCAACUAAGUUCGCGUAGUACACCGCAGUCAGUGCAGUCAAGAACGAAUGUUUCUCAACUGGCUACAGCCGUUCAGGGCAAUAUGUCGGAAGAUGAGGCCUUGGCUCGAGCGUUAGCUUUAUCGAUGCAGGACGAAGAGGAGGAUCGGGCUCGCGCAGCUCGAGACGCAACUGGCAACGGUAGGAAUCCGACCCGCAGUGGCAUACCUGUUGGUGGCAACAAUGCUAAAGAUAAGUGUAACCUCUCGUGAUUCUUAAGCAGACAACAGAUCAGGGAUGACAAUCGGUGGAAGCUUUUCUUCGAAUUCCUUUCCUAGAGUACGUAGUUUUACACGUCCUUAUUACUAUCUUUUAUGCUUGCUUACAGUGAAGAUUAUAUAAAUGUUUAAGAAUA